AUGAAUCCCAAAAGUUAUUCAUUUCUGCUAUUCUUCCUAUGCGCUCAGAACUUUACUACAGCUUGUCCAGUUGGAUGUUCAUGUAAUGGUUCUUCUAUUACUUGUACGUCUCUUUCAAAACCAGAAUUCGAUCUGCUAACUGCUACAUUAAAAGAAGCACCGUACAAUGAAACAACAGAACUGCACCUUUCGGCUGUGUCCGAAUUCUUAUUUACUUCACUUCCAGACAUGCUCAAGUUGAAUGUCUUGAAAAUACAAGCAUCGCCUGGAGACAGCGAGUGGUUCUUAAGAAGACAUCAGUUUUCCGAACUUCAAACUUUACACUUCACAAAGUGUGAUCUCAAGACUUUCCCAAAAGCUCUGAUGUCUCUAACUUCAUUGACCGAAUUGGAUCUCAGUGACAACAAACUUGAAAAUCUUGGAGCCGAUUCUAUUCAUAUAAGGAGCAUACAGAAAAUUAUUUUGAGAAACAAUGAAAUCAAGAUCAUCGGGGUACAUGUUUUCCGUUACAUGCCAACGCUGAAAGUUUUGGAUUUGACUGGAAAUAAUAUGUCUAGACUUGUGACCAGUGAUUUUACAUCUGCGGUUUCCCUCAAAGAACUUAUUCUCCGUAACAACAAAAUUGAACUGAUAGAAACGGACACAACUGAUCCUUUGCAGCAAUUAGAAACGUUGGACCUCAGUGGCAAUUUACUGAGUGAAGUCCGAUUAGAAGCUCAGCAAAAUUUUCGGCAUCUCUUUUCUUUGAAUUUGAGUUCAAACUCGCUUCAUGUAAUCAGACAAGGAUUUUUACAACUACCAGACCUACAAGUUCUCCAAUUAGAUAACUGUGAAAUGUCAGUAGUUGAAGCAGGAGCGUUUGUCAGUCUACCCAGACUGCAUUCAAUGGAUAUCAAGAAUAAUCCAAACUUGGCAUACUUUUCACCUAAUGCGUUUGGGAACAGUACAGCUUUCUAUCGGCUCAAUAUUCAAAAAACUGGGUUCAAACGAAUCCCGCUGACAAUCCUGGAGAAGGUCAGUCAGUUGUACAUAAAGGACACAGCUCUGGAUUGCUCUUGCACUUCUCGUGAUAUGAAGGACUUUGGAGCAGUGACAAUUAUAGACUGGAAUGACGCAACAUGCAGGACCAAGAUGGGUGCUGUUCAAAAGCUUUCACAUCUGGAGAAGUCCGAAGAACCAUGUCGGGACAAUCUCUUAACUCCCUUUGGUGUGAAACAGACUGCAAUUGUCGGUCAGGCCUACAGAAUCUACUGUGCUAACGAUGGAACAAAUUCCAAUCUUUUCUGGGUGUCUCCUAACAAAACGACAACGGAAGCAAAACAACCGGAUCUGAGAAAAUCGGCAGUGAAGAAAACUGACUACUUCACAACAACUCUACUGGACCCGUCUUAUUCAAAAAAUCACGAAGAGCGUGUUCAUAUUUCCACGGAAUACUACGGUUUCGAUGUUGUUCUAGAAUCUGAUGCAGGGUACUAUGAAUGCGUCUCUAAGAGUGAUAUGAAGACGUUGUUAACAAGGAAAAUCGAGCUGACUGUGCUUCGACCAGAGAUAUAUCUUAAUGCGUCAUAUGUCGCCACCACAUCUGUUCAUUUGAGUUGGAAUAAAAAUCUCAAAAUUGAAGCUGUCGAUCGGGUGGCUCUCCGAAUAACGGCUUCAAGUGAGAGAAUGUUCAAGCGCCAAGUGCAACUAUCUUUGUACAACAUGUUCCGAAGUUAUAACUUAGUCAAUUUAUCAGCUGAUAAGGAGUAUGAAAUUUGCCUAGAAUGGUAUCUGACUGACAGCGAGACCAUGAUCUACAAAUCUUGUAUCACACAAAAAACAAGACCCUUCAAAACAGUCAUGCAGAGUUUGAAUGCAAAGUUGGCUAUAGGAUUACUAGUAAUCAUGAUCAUUGUGGUAGUGUUCUGUUGUGAUACAUGCAUCCAUCAGAAAUAUGCUUAUUUCUCUCGAAUGAAGAAGCAAGCGAAAAUGCAACAAUCUAUCUCGGGGCAAUCAAUGCUAACACAAUCGUCAUCGGCAGACGCUACCACAUAUGAAAACUUUCAACUAAGUGUAACUUCCGCUUCCGAACGACCUCUCAUCUGA